AUGAAACCUGGGGAAUGGGGCAGAUCUUAUCCGGAAAUGGUAAGCGCAGUAUCUACUAAAUUAGGAAACAUAAAGAAUGAAAUUAUUAAUUGCGAACUUACUAAUGCUGAUGUAAGGAAGCAUCAAGAUGAAUUUUAUCAAAACUUAGGAGCUAAAUUAACAGCUAUGGACCAAAUAAGAGAACUAAAAGAGCAUAUUAAUAGUGACAUUAUCAAUGUAAAUACAACUAAUCAGGAAUGUACAGAAGCACUAAAAAAGAAGAUCGAGCGAAUGGCUUCAGCUGCUGUAGACAUCAUGGAACGAGUCAGAUUGACAAUAAGAGAUUAUGAUCAGUUUAGACUAUAUUAUGAUAACUUGCUGUGUUUUGAGAAGUAUGUAAAUGCUCCAAACAUCGAUGCCGGAGAAUUAAAGGAAAAUAUGGAACGAAGAGUGUUUGGGAAAGUAGCAGUUCUGCAGAAGUUAGCUAAUGAAGCAUCUGAUGCCAGUCAAAUUGCCAAUAGCUUGAUUAAUUUACGACGUGAGGAGGUUAUUCCAAAACGUCGAGGUAAAAUAGAAAUUGGAAUAUGUUUAUUAAUAAUUUCAAAAGAGUUAACAGAAAGCCAGUUAGCAAGUACACGACCUUUUUGGUUAUCAACACAUUUAGACCAAGAAGAGUGA